UGUUUGUUUUUACAAUCACCACACAGGUAGAGUUAAAUAAAGUGAACUUAAUAAACACCUAUAGAACAAAAGGACACAGUUUAAUAUUGUAUAAUUAUAAAUGUGUUAUUUCGUAUCAGUGUAGAAAAGUAUUUUCAGUAUAUAUAGUAGCCAUUCAAUCUACAAAUAAUUUUAAUUUGUUUAUCGCAAAUGCACAAUGGACGGACGGACAUCACACUCGUUCUGUUAUUGAGUUUUCGUUUGCAAUUAUAUCUGCUGUUACGUAUAGUGGUGCCCAAUUAUUCAAUAAUCGUGAUUUAACAGAUAACAAUUCAACUCCAAGCAAAAGAAAUCCAUCAUCAUCUUCAAUUUCACCUAAAGUGGAGGAUAAAAACAAAAAAAUAUUCAUAAGUUCAAAUCGGUACUCAGUUCUUGUUACAUAAUAGUAUAUUUGGAGAAAGAUGCUAUCCAUAAAUAAACCAACUAUCUUAAUAUUUUUGAUUGCAUUAUUAAAAAUUCAUGCUGAAACUUCUGUAAAUUUAAUUAAAAACGUGGUAUUAGACAAUACGUUUUAUGAAACCUGCGCAUUUACGGUUACUUGCAAUAGUACUUCUAAAUAUAGAUCCAUUGAUGGUUUGUGCAAUAACUUACAACAUCCAUUUUGGGGUGCAGUUAAUACCCCUUUUAUUAGACUGGGUCCUGCUUAUUACGAGGAUGGUAACUAUUCUAUUCGAUUACAACAUAGAGAUGGCAAGGAAUUGCCUGGAGCUCGUCAAUUGCAGUUGGCAUUGUUUUUCCCAAGAACACCUGAAUCUGAUUGUCCAGACAAAAGAAAUUAUCAUGUUUAUCAAGUCGGCCAGUACAUUACACAUGACAUUACUUUAAUGCAACCCAAUUUCUUUGUUAGCCCUGAGGAUUGUUGUACAGUUCAGAAUCAGAACAAUAUUCCGCUUAUUUGCCAAACAGUAAUUAAUAUAAAUAAACAAGACCCGUCGUAUUCUAAAAUCAAUAAGACAUGUCUUCCAUUUAGACGAGCAAUGACGGCUGCUUUUGAUUUCAAUUGUCCAAUAACUCCUCAAAUACCCGUAAAUCAACAAACUGUGUUCAUAGACGCAUCUCAAUUGUACGGCCCGACCGCAGGCAAAGCAGCUUCUCUUCGAUCUAAUGAAUUCGGAAAAUUAAAAACUAGUAAGAUUGAUGGACAAGAAUUUGGUGUUCAAGCAUCAAGAAAUGGGUCAAAAUUUUGUGCGGGCCGAAGUAAUGUGACCUAUUGUUUUGAUCGAGGCGAUCCUAGAAAUAAUGAGCAAUUUGGUCUCAUAUUAUACGAAGAGGUGUUUCUAAGGUUUCAUAAUAUAAUAGCAGGUUUGUUACACGAAGAAAAUCCAGAUUGGACAGAUGAAACUUUGUACCAAGAAGCUCGAAGGAUUAUUAUAGCACUUGAUGAGAUUAUAGUUUACCGAGAUUACUUGCAGAUUUUACUUGGUAAAGAGUAUUGUGAGAGCACUGGAUUAUCUCUUUCUAAAGAUAAAAAGACUGUAUACGAUCCAUCAAUUAUGCCUCAAUUGGCUGUUGAAUUUUCAGCAGGUGCUUUUCGAGUUCCACACAACGUUAUACCUUCGAUAUAUUAUUUUUUAGAUGAGAACAAUUGUGUCUUGGAACAAUUUAAACUUAACGAAUACAUGUCAAUUCCUGAUCCACUAAUAAGUAAAUCUAAGCUUGAAGAGUUACUAAGAGGUAUGUCAUACCAGCCAGGUCGUUGUCCAUUAGCAUCGUAUAAUUUACUGAUAACAAGUCGUAUGUUUCAUGGUUGGGUAAGUAGUGUUGCAGAUCUAGACUUAAGUAGUAUAGACAUUCAAAGAGGCCGCGAAAUUGGUUUAUUUCCAUAUAUCGUAGCCAGACAAAUUUGUGGGUUUCCAAAUAUUUCAUCAUUUAGUGAUUUAGUUGGCGUAUUAAAUUAUACUGACAUUGAGCUAUUGCAACAUAAUUAUGACAGUGUCGAAGAUAUUGAUUUGAUAGUAGGAGCUUUGCUUGAACCACUUGUUGAUGAUGGAAUGGUUGGUGAAACAGCAAGGUGCAUAAUCGCUGAUGGAUUUUAUCGUAUUCGAUAUGGCGAUCGUUUCUUUUUUGAUGUACAAGAUCAACCAGGAAGUUUUUCUACGGAACAACUUGAUGUAUUAUGGAGUCUCGAUCUUACUAAAUUAUUUUGUGCAACGACAAAUAUUAAUGAAUUACCAAGUGAUAUUUUCAUGCCAAAUGGGCUUUCAGAAAUGUACAAAUGUAAUGAAUCAUUAAAUUUGGAUUUUGGAGCAUGGAAAGUUAAUAAAACAUGUUAACUUGAUAAAUUAUUAUUACUUUAAAUGGAAAUUAACAAAAUAACCAACUACCUAGUUUAAAUAGUAUUUAAGGUACUAAUAUUGCAAAAUAAAAAUAUAAUUAUCUAAUUAGACUAAUUAGAGUAAUCUAUUAGAUAACAUUUUCAAAAUUGUACAAUACAGUUCAAUUAAAAUUAAAAUAUUUACAAAAAGUAAUUAUUGUAAUAAAAAUAUUUUAUAUAUCAUAAGUAUUAACUCCUACACUAAUUAUACUAGCUGAUUCUAUGCGGUACUGUUUGUGAUAAAUUCAAUAAUGUCAGUGGAUUUACCUUGUCUUAAAUUCCAUUAAAUGUAAACUACUAAUAUGUUUGACACAUUUUGACGAAAUAUAAUGUUGGAAUCUCA